UCCUGACUACUCUUAUGUUCGCCCGUGCCGCCUCCACCUGGCCGUAGGCCAGGACUGAGCCGCGGCCUGACACGGACGGGGAUCCGGGAGUUGAGGGCGGGAGGGAACUGGAAAGCACGGGCGGGAGAUGCGGAAGCAGAGCGGCGGGGAGCCAGACCUCGGAGGAGGGAGGAGCCUCUGAGAGACUCCCUCCCGCCUCCGGGCCGCGCAGGCAGGUGAAGUGGAGAACAGAGAUUUCACAUUCACACACCUGAAAGAAGAGAAUGUCAAGACGCAGUAGCCGUUUACAAGCUAAGCAACAGCCCCAGCCCAGCCAGACGGAUUUCCCCCAAGAAGCCCAGAUAAUUCAGGCCAAGAAGAGAAAAACAGCUCAGGAUGUCAAAAAAAGGAAAGAGGAGGUCACCAAGAAACAUCAAUAUGAGAUCAGGAAUUGUUGGCCACCUGUAUUAUCUGGGGGGAUCAGUCCUUGUAUUAUCAUUGAAACACCCCACAAAGAAAUGGGAACAAGUGACUUCUCCAGAUUUACAAAUUACAGAUUUAAAAAUCUUUUUAUUAAUCCUUCACCUUUGCCUGAUUUAAGUUGGGGAUGUUCAAAGGAUGUUUGGCUAAACAUGCUAAAAAAAGAGACCAGAUACGUUCAUGACAAACAUUUUGAAGUUCUGCAUUCUGACUUGGAACCACAGAUGAGGUCAAUACUUCUAGACUGGCUUUUAGAGGUAUGUGAAGUAUACACACUUCAUAGAGAAACAUUUUACCUUGCGCAAGACUUUUUUGAUAGAUUUAUGUUGACACAAAAGGAUAUAAAUAAAAAUAUGCUUCAACUCAUUGGAAUUACCUCAUUAUUCAUCGCUUCCAAACUUGAGGAAAUAUAUGCUCCUAAGCUCCAAGAAUUUGCUUAUGUCACUGAUGGUGCCUGCAGUGAAGAGGAUAUUUUAAGAAUGGAACUUAUUAUAUUAAAGGCUUUAAAAUGGGAACUCUGUCCUGUAACAGUCAUCUCCUGGCUAAAUCUCUUCCUUCAAGUUGAUGCUCUUAAAGAUACUCCUAAAGUUCUUCUACCUCAAUAUUCUCAGGAAAAGUUCAUUCAAAUAGCUCAGCUUUUAGAUCUGUGUAUUCUAGCCAUCGAUUCAUUAGAGUUCCAGUACAGAAUAUUGGCUGCCGCUGCCUUGUGCCAUUUUACCUCUAUUGAAGUGGUUAAGAAAGCCUCAGGUUUGGAAUGGGACAGCAUUUCUGAAUGUGUAGACUGGAUGGUGCCUUUUGUCAGCGUAGUAAAAAGUACUAGUCCUGUGAAGCUGAAAAUUUUUAAGAAGAUUUCUAUGGAAGACAGACACAAUAUCCAGACACAUACAAAUUAUCUGGCUAUGCUGGAUGAAGUGAAUUACGUAAACACCUUCAGAAAGGAGGGACAGCUGUCACCAGUGUGUAGUGGAGGAAUUAUGACACCACCGAAAAGCACUGAGAAACCACCAGGAAAACACUGAGGAAGUUAACUAAGCAAACAAGCUGGAGCUGACUGAGUAUUGGGUAGAAUUUCACAGAACUGAACUACUAAAGUUUUCAGAAAAGUAGUGCUAUGACUGCCCUAGCCAAUUCAGAAGUUUCACUGCCAUUCUUUGAAUUUAAAAAAACUACUUAAAAUUGGCAUUAAGGAAGAAAUUCCUAGGUUAGCUGUUUGUUUAAACAAACAGCAGGAUUGUUUACAAAGAUUUCACUCCCAAAGUGACUGGAUAGAAGCCAGCCACAAUUUAUGCCAUAACAAUUUUUUUUGAUCCAGUGUUACUAUGUUUAUCUUGAUAAACUGAGAAUUUUAUCAUUGGCGUUUUAGACUAUAUAAGUACUACCUUAAAGGGGACAUUGAGUAAUACAAUACUUUGAAUCUAGUUUAUAGAUUCUCAAAAUUCAUAUUCUUGACUAGUGCAAUUUGGUUUUUGAAAAUAAAAUUUAAACUUGUUUACAAAAGGUUUAGUUUUAUAAUAAGGUGACUAAUUUAUCUAUAGCUGCCGUAGCAAGCUAUUAUAAAACUUGAAUUUUUAUAAAUGGUGAACUUUAAUCUGUUUUUUAACUGAUACAUUUGCCUUGCCAUGGCAUUUUUUAACCAGUAUGGCUUAGAUGAACAAAAAGG